AUGGCAAGUGUGAGAAACAUGGUGAAACAAAGUAUCCAGAUCUUUUCCCGAAUCAAACCCAGCAAGAGGCAGCCUGGGAUAUAUUCCAUUAAUGAUGAAGACAGCAGUGCUUCCUGUUUGGAAAUCGUCGUACCACAUGACCUGGCCGAUGGAUUUGUAAACAACAAGAGAGAAAGUUAUAGGUUUAGAUUUCAAGAAACAUUCAGCCAAGAAGCCAAACAAGAGGCGAUAUUCGAGCGCAUUGCAAAACCAGUAGCAGAAAGUGUUCUUACAGGGUACAAUGGCACCAUAUUUGCUUACGGACAGACAGGCAGUGGAAAGACCUUUACAAUCACCGGGGGGGCAGAACGUUAUAGUGACAGAGGAAUUAUCCCUCGGACGUUGUCUUACAUUUUUGAACAAUUUCAGAAGGACAGCAGUAAAGUAUACACUAUACAUAUCUCCUACCUAGAGAUUUACAACGAGUGUGGAUAUGAUUUGCUGGAUCCCAGACACGAGGCUUCUAAACUGGAAGAUCUGCCGAAAGUGACCAUAAUGGAAGAUCCUGAUCAGAACAUUCACCUGAAGAACUUGUCUCUCCAACAAGCGAAUAACGAGGAGGAAGCAUUAAAUCUGCUCUUUCUUGGAGACACAAACCGCAUGAUAGCAGAGACACCAAUGAAUCAAGCUUCCACUCGGUCCCACUGCAUCUUCACCAUUCACAUCUCUAGCAAAGAACCUGGGUCAGCCACUGUCCGACGAUCUAAACUGCACCUGGUGGACCUGGCUGGGUCUGAACGUGUCGCAAAAAGUGGAGUUGGUGGCAAACUGCUAACAGAAGCUAAAUACAUUAAUUUAUCACUACAUUAUCUUGAGCAGGUGAUAAUUGCAUUGGCUGAAAAGAACCGAUCUCAUAUACCAUAUAGAAACUCCAUGAUGACCUCGGUGCUCAGAGACAGCCUCGGGGGAAACUGCAUGACCACCAUGAUCGCGACUCUAUCGCUGGACAAGAGGAACAUUGAUGAGUCCAUUUCCACGUGCCGAUUUGCUCAAAGAGUUGCUCUAAUAAAGAAUGAAGCCACGCUGAAUGAAGAGGUUGAUCCUCAGCUGAUGAUCGUACGUCUUAAGAAAGAGAUCCAAGCACUGAAAGACGAAUUGUCCUUAAUCACUGGAGAACAGAGGACGGAGGAACUGACCCAUGAUGAGAUUCUAAGACUUGAAGAGGAGCUCCAGGCUUAUUUGGAAGACAGAGAUCCAGAAAGCACUCCAGAUAUAGGCGCCGACAUGAGAAAAAUUCAGCAUUCCUUUGCUUUUUUCAAGAGACUUUUAAUUGACUGGAAGCAACAUGAGGGUGGAACAGCCAUUUCAGAGACCGCUUCUGAGAGACCUGCUAGUUCUACAUCAAAACCCGAAGACAUUAAGAAACUCCGGGGUCUUCUGCAGCAAAGAGAUAAUGAGAUCAAUAUACUGGUUAGCAUGCUGAAGAAAGAAAAGAAGAGGGCUGAAGACGCCAUAUUUGAAAUAAAUUCCUCUGGCAACCACCUCCGUUUUGGGGUUUCAGAUGUCUCUGCUGGAAAUGUCAGUCAGCAGUCACCUGGAUCAGUUGGUGUCCAAGUCGAGAGAGACGGCUCCAACCUGGAACAGAGAUUCACUGCUCAGCACAGGAAAACAGCAAGGGAUCCUAUGUCUAUGGGUCGCCAAGAAGCCUUUGAAAUUUUCAAGAGAGAUUACGCUGACAGAGUCACUAUUGAGGACAAUAAGGAACUUCUCAAACAAAGGUUUGCCGAAGCAAAGUCUCUCGGAGAAGAAGUAAAUAAAGUCAGGAACAGAAUAAAUCAACUAAAAGGCAGCGUGGAACAGCGCAGACUGCAAAGAGCCGCCUUAGGUGUUUCCAGUUCCUCUGAGCCACUGGAUCAGUACGAUCCGACAGAAGAACAGCUCCGAGAUGAGAUGGAAGAAGAGAAAAAACGAUACAAAGCUCUCUUUAAUCGACUGAAAGGUCUGAAGACUGAGAUUGAACACUUGCAGCUUCUCAUGGAGAAAUCCAAAGUGAAGCUGCAGAAGGACUUUGAGGAAUGGUGGUCAGAAGAAGAGGCAAACCUGCAGAAUACACAGAGCUUCCCAACAGUGAACAAGAUGGCAUCUUCAAAAUCAGUCCUUGGGCUUCCUCUCUACAGCAGCACAUCUGACAGCGUGAAUUUGCCAAACAGAAGCUACAGGAGCAGCGUAACGGAACCCGUGUCCUUUCAAAGGGACUCUCAGAAUGCCAGCACCCCGAUUCCACUAACAGGGGACAGUCAGACUGAUUCAGACAUUCUGGCUUUCGUACGAGCCCGUCAGAACAUCAUGCAAAGAAAAGGUACCGGGACGCAGUGACUGAAACAUUAAGCUGAUCUGUUUAUGUUGUCUUUAUUUAAACUGAGAGCAUCCUUGCUGUGACCUAACGACUGCCAAGCAAAUCUUCCACAUCCUACAGAAAGGAAAAAGUACUACGACACAGUUCUCUCCAAGCUAGCCACGCUCUUCGAGUCUUUACGAGUGACAAAGCACUACUCCUACCAACAUGGACAUCUGACAUUUUAUAACUUAUUUCUCACUAAUUCCCUAAACAGUUUGGGGUUUAUAGAAUAACACAGAUUGUUCCGUAAUUCAAAUGUGCUUUCUUUCUCACUUGGUGUGUACAGAGUGGGAAUGGGAGAUUCUUCACACCGGUGAGCAGUGAAGGAA